CAGCGGCUUCUGGGUUUAGCUUUAAAGCGGACUCCUGCUGAAUCGGUGCGAGUGAGGGUAUUUGUGUGUGCGUGAGCAGGGGUGGGUGUUCACUCUUCCUUCUGUCACAGUAGCAACACAGCCUCAACCCCGAACAAAAGGCUAAACACAGCAGCGCCACAGGAGGGGAGAACUCAGGGACAGAAGCAGGCAGUGGAGCGGCGGGACCGGGCUGCUCAGGGAGCCAUUCAACCUGUCGUCUUGGCCGGGACCUGAGCUCCGACAAGCCCUGCCCAGUCUACCUUUGUGAGAGCCAAGGAUCACGCCCUGAUACUAUCAGCUGCGCCGCCGGUCACACCUCUCAGACUGAAACUGCUCCAGCGUCUCGACUGCACCUGGGCACCGCUUCUCUUCAGCCGCUCAGAGAUGUCAGAGGAUGACUGCCUGUCGCCCAUCGGCCUGGACUGCUGCAGCUGCUGCCAGGAUUUGGCCAGUGGAUGUGACGACACCAUGGGCUCGCCGUCGCGGGGCCUUCCGUCCAGGGGCCUGCCAGGGAGCCCCACCAGCCCCAGUGUCAACCACUUCCGGCAGCUUCGCAACCAGCUGAUGUACCACAACCUGAACACCGACAAGCUCAACAACAUCAUGCGGCAGGACUCCCUGGACUCGGUGGUGAGGGACCCCUGCUUCCUGCUGAACGAGGGGAUCUGCAACAGCAACAUUGACCAGACCAUGCUGUCCAUCCUGCUCUUCUUCCACAGUGCCUCUGGUGCUAGCGUUGUGGCCAUCGACAACAAGAUCGAGCAGGCGAUGGAUCUUGUCAAAAACCACCUGAUGUAUGCUGUUCGUGAGGAGGUGGAGAUCCUGAAGGAACAGAUCAAGGAGCUGGCGGAGAAGAACAACCAGCUGGAGAGGGAGAACUACCUUCUCAAGAACCUGGCCAGCCCUGAGCAGAUGGAGAAGUUCCAGUCUCGCAUCCCAGCAGACGCGCUGCUGGACAACCAGUGCUCCCAGGUGUCCCAGGACCACCACCAACACCAGCCUUGCGGCCACGCCACUGGCUCUGCUGUGUAAGUGGCUCUGCCUUGGGGCGGGCAGAGCCACUGCCUCUACACAGUAAUGGACCUCCGUUUUAGUGUUGGCGACGACAAGUCGCUGUGCACCCCCUCAAGAUGAAGAUGUGACAUGACAUCAGGGCUGAGAUGGGACUGAAAGAUUUGCUCCAAACAGGACUCGGUGAGACCUUCUCACUGGAGCAGCCGGGCCUGUGCUCUGAUACCAUCCCACAUGUAGUCUCUCUCUAGAAGACAAGAGCGCCGGGAUCUGACAGAGCUCACUAGAACUGCCAAGCGCUUGCCUUUCGGAGGGAGGAAUUCCUGCCAAGUCGAAGACCUCCAACAAGUGCCGUUUUAAUGGGGUCGCACAACCACGUUUGGGCUCUCCCUGUUUUUGCAAUACAGGGAAAGUGAUUGUGGGAAACCUGUCCUUUUUUCCUCUGAGAAGAGCAUCAUCAUAUGGAUCUGUCCUGCGUUGUCACAACAAAACGGACUUGCACCUGCAACAAUUUGCGUCGAUGUACAGUGACUACACAAAUGAGGAGACUGAGACGUCGGCUCCUACCUGCGAAUGAACUGUAAUGAUUGAAUAUUUCUGCAGAAAGGGCUCGAUUGGGGGGUAAAUCCGACAAUAUGUCGCAUCUGAUUGAUUUGAACCAGAAGAGUGACGUGUUUUUGAGACGUGGACUGUUGUACAUUUGGUUUUGACGAGACUAUUUUUGCUAUACUGUAAAGGAGGAAGGCAUAUCCGCCCGCCUAGUUCGCCUUUCUGUUGGAAAACAGAGCUUGGUGAGGUAAACAAAGAAGCGAUGUCAUAGAGCAAGCAGACGAGACGCCUGCAUUUCCUGCUGUCGAUGCACUCCUGACACCUGCAGCAUUGCUCACCGUCUAGACUGUUUCAAACGCCAGUUUAAGAAACGACGGCACGACAACAGUGCCUGUGCUUUAGUAAGAGAGGAACAUGCUUCCACACUGCUGCCGCCACCGCCGCCGCUGUUGUUGUUUGUCAUACCAAAAACUUUUUUUUUUUUUUUUUUUUCACAACGGCAAUCGGUGAGCAAACAUGGACCAUGUGUUGAACUUCACAAGGAGGCACCUUGUUUUUUAGGUUGCUACUUGUUUUGUCAAGACAACGGUGUUUUUGCUGUCAAGUAUCCACGGAAUACUAAUGGUUGUUUCUUUUGUUAUAGUCUUUUGGAUACAUCUGCACAUUUGCAAUAAACCAAAUGUUUACAUAAAUAA